UCCAGAUAUGACUGCUGAUGGAGCGGUUCCAAUGUAUUUUCGAAAUACAACAGGUAUAGAUGAACGUUGGCAUUUCUACUUUAAUGAAUCAACGCACUUCACCACUUAUGAAAAUGGAAAGAAAUUUUGUGAAUUGAUUGACAGCCACUUACCUAUAGUUAGGGAAGCUCGUGAACUGGAGAGAAUUACUGCUUAUAUAAAGGAACGGUACAAUACUUGGCAAGUUUCGCACCCGCCCGAGCAUAUGUAUUCACAUGAAUUUUACUGGGCUGGUUUCACUCGCAUCAAUGUACAUGAUUUCACCAGCUUCCAAUUUACUGAUGGAGUACGAAUGUUAAUGCCAAAGGAAUGGUAUUACAAGCAUAACCUUGCUCAUAAAAUGCCAACACAAAUAUAUACUUUUGAUUUUCUAUGCUGUUGA